AGGGCCCCUGGGAGCGCGGGGCGCUGCCGCCUCUGCGCCUCUGCUCGGUUCCGUCUCCAGUGCUGUGCGGCGGCGGGCCGCGCCUGCAGAGCAGCGGGAGCCUGGAGCCGCGCUCAGCCGAGAGUUGGGUUGGGGAGCGCCCGCGCCUCCGCGGCGUCAUGGGCCCCCUCCCCGGGCCUCAGCGGGCACCAGCCGCGGGAACCCCCGGGCCUCCUCGCGGCCGAGCCUGAGACCCUCUGGUUCAGCGGCGCCCCCUCCCUCCAGCCUAAUUUUUUCCUGCUCUCUCCGCCGCCGCCGCUUCAGUUCUCCGUUAUGGCAACGGAGCCGCCAUCCCCCCUCCGUCUUGAGGCGCCAGGCCCCCCAGAAAUGCGGACCCCACCGGCGAGCGAGGCCCUCCCUGAGGGCACCCCGAAGCCGGCGGGCGGCAGGCUCCGUUUCCUCAACGGCUGCGUGCCCCUCUCGCAUCAGGUGGCCGGGCACAUGUACGGGAAGGACAAAGUGGGUAUACUGCAACAUCCAGAUGGCACAGUUUUGAAACAGUUACAACCACCUCCAAGGGGUCCGAGAGAGCUGGAAUUCUAUAAUAUGGUUUAUGCUGCUGAUUGUAGUGAUGGUGUUCUUUUAGAGCUACGAAAAUACUUGCCAAGAUAUUAUGGCAUCUGGUCACCUCCCACUGCACCUAAUGAUUUAUACCUAAAACUGGAAGAUGUGACCCAUAAAUUUAAUAAGCCCUGUAUAAUGGAUGUAAAGAUAGGGCGAAAAAGCUAUGAUCCUUUUGCCUCACCUGAGAAGAUUCAGCAACAGGUCAGCAAGUACCCAUUAAUGGAGGAGAUUGGGUUCUUGGUGCUUGGCAUGAGGGUUUAUCAUGUACAUUCUGAUAGCUACGAGACAAAAAACCAGCACUAUGGAAGAAGCUUAACGAAGGAAACUCUGAAGGAUGGAGUCUCCAGGUUUUUUCAUAAUGGAUUUUGCUUAAGAAAAGAUGCUGUUGCUGCCAGUAUUCAGAAAAUUGAGAAUAUUCUGCAGUGGUUUGAAAACCAGAAGCAGCUUAACUUUUAUGCAAGUUCAUUACUGUUUGUUUAUGAAGGUUCAUCUCAGCCAACUACUACUACAAAAUCAAAUGAUAGAACUUUGGCAGAAAAGUUUUUGUCCAAAGGACAACUCUCAGACACAGACGUACUGGAGUACAAUAAUAACUUUCGUGUGUUAAGUUCCACAGCGAAUGGAAAAAUAGAGGCUUCAGUAAGCAAAAGCUUGUCCAAGAUGUAUGCUCGUCACACAAAAAUGUACUCAAAAAAGCAUCACAGUCAGACUUCAUUGAAAGUUGAAAAUAUAGAGCAAGACAAUGGGUGGAAAAGCAUGUCACAGGAACAUUUAAAUGGAAAUGUACUUUCACAACUGGAAAAAGUUUUCUACCACCUUCCCACUGGUUGCCAAGAAAUUGCAGAAGUAGAAGUACGAAUGAUAGAUUUUGCUCAUGUGUUCCCUAGUAACACAACAGAUGAGGGGUAUGUUUAUGGGCUGAAGCAUUUAAUUACUGUACUGCAAAGUAUUUUAGACAACUGAAUCCAUUGCUGCAGUCUUUGUAAGGGAUAGGGUAAUUACAUAUAAUGAAGAGCAGCAGUUAACAUCUCUGCCCUUGUAAUGCUAUGUAAAAAAUUUGUAUUGUGAGUCUACAUUUUAUUUUUCUUUAUACUUUUGGUAGAAGGGUUAACUUUUUUAUAAUCUUACUCAGGAAAACUAAUUAUUUGUUCAUUAGAAAACUAUGAAGAUAAAGAAACUUAGGAAUGUUAA